GAUUGAAGUGCGCUUCCCUAAUCUCUGUACAAUGAAAACUGCAGUAUUACUUUGGUGUCUUCAAGUCAUUGCUGUGACGUUCGAAUAUGAAUUGAAAUGUCCAGCGCCAGGACAUUGGCGUCUCCGAGCAAGGAAGUUUUAUUGUGGUCAAAGUUAUGUGUGUUUAUUGCGUUCACCUGAGAAUUCGUAUCGUGAGACCUGUGAUGGACUGGAUUAUAGCAGCACAGGUAGCAAACUUAUAUUCGAACCAUAUUUCAAUAAAGCUGGAUGCAGAUACUCUCGGUAUCAGCCUUUCCCAUUUUCAACUGAUGGUAACAAUAAAUGUGUGUAUCAAAAGUCAUUUUGUAAUGAAGAGGGUCAAAUCAUCCACCGUGAAGGAAGUAUGAUAAAUGAUACAACAUGUGGAUGCGACCCUUCACAAGGGUACAUAUUUGUUACUACGCCAAAACACAACUGCUAUUGUACACCCUCAGAGGAAGACUGUUCAUGUCACAAGCUCAUUUGUGGUGAUGAAGCUAACCCGUGUCCCUAUAUUGGUACUGCUGUUCGGAAUGAGUCAUGUCCAGAAAUUAUCGUCAGACCGUCACAAACAAAAAACUUGUCCUCUCCAUUAGAAAACAGAUUUAAAGAUGUCAUAAAUGAUUAUAACGAAGAGGAAAAGACCAAGUUGAACAGAGUUGACAAAUCAAUGUAG